CCCAUGGCGUUUUCCGCUUGAACAUUAAAGCCCUAAAAACCUUCAGGUAGCGUUUAGAAUAUCUCUAAUCACUAUGAGUGACUGAGCAAAGUAGCCGAAUUGUUGUUUGUUAAUUGUUCGUCGUCGUUUUUCCUCGCGUUUUCAGGUGGCGCCAUUUGUAUCAAGACAUAGAGUAAUAUCAUGAUGUCACAAACAUCUGAUAUAGAUGACAAGCACGGAAAUGUUGCUGCUGUUUCUGAAUCUAAUGAAAACACUGCUGGUGCUGCUUCUGUUUCUGUAUUUCAUGCCAGAGAUGUAGUUUCUUCUGCUGGAGGUGUAAAUGCAGCUGAUUUAGUUUCCCAUGGCCCAAACAUAGAAGGUGGAACUACGAUUGCCACUGCCACAGAUGGUACCCAAGAAGAAACUUCUGUGAUGCCAUAUAAUGCUACAGAAAGUAUUUCUAGCCUUGGGAAUUCUUCUCUUGAUCCAAAAGUGGAUUCCAAUGGUGUAAACCAAGCUGGUGUUGAAGGGGUCAGUAUCGUGGAAAAUGGGAAUGCUUCUGCUGAUGGCAUUGGUCCUGCUCAUGUUUCUGGCCUAAGUGCAGAAGAGGAAAGACUAUGGAGCAUUGUGACAGCUAAUUCUUUGGAUUUCAGUGCCUGGACAGCACUUAUUGAAGAAACAGAGAGAGUUUCAGAGGGUGACAUUUUGAAAAUUCGAAAAGUUUAUAAUACUUUCUUAGCCGAGUUCCCUCUAUGCUAUGGGUAUUGGAAGAAGUAUGCUGAUCAUGAGGCACGCCUCAGUUCAGGUGACAAAGUUGCAGAGGUUUAUGAACGAGCUGUUCAAGGAGUCACCUACUCUGUGGACAUAUGGGUGCAUUAUUGUGUUUUUGCUAUUGGUGGUUAUGGGGAUCCUGAGUCUAUCAGGAGGCUAUUUGAAAGAGCAUUAGGUUAUGUUGGAACUGAUUACUUGUGCUUUGCCCUUUGGGACAAAUACAUUGAAUAUGAAAUUUCGCAACAAGAUUGGCCCCGUGUUGCUACAAUCUAUACGAGGGUAUUGGGAAUUCCAAAUCAGCAGCUGGAUCGUUAUUUUGAAGGAUUCAAAGAGUUGGUUGCAAGUUGUCCACUUUCUCAGUUGCGUACUGCCGAGGAAGCUGCUGCUGCAGUUGUUGCAAAUUCUGACGCUGUUGGUCCUAAAAAUGAAAAUGAGGGAGAAAUUCCUCACAAUGUCACAGAGCAAUCUUCUAAGUCUGUAAAUGCAAGCUUAAGAGAUGCUGAGGAGUUGGAGAAGUAUAUUUCCAUUCGAGAAGAUAUAUACAAGAAAGCUAAAGACUUCGAUUCUAAGAUAAUUAGUUUUGAAACAGCAAUUCGGAGACCAUACUUUCAUGUGCGGCCCCUCAAUGUUUCCGAGCUUGAAAAUUGGCAUCAUUAUCUAGAAUUUAUUGAAGCUGAAGGUGACUUCAAUCAGGUUGUUAAGUUAUAUGAAAGAUGUGUGAUAGCAUGUGCUAGUUAUCCUGAAUACUGGAUACGGUAUAUUUUAUCCAUGGAAGCUCGUGACAGCAUGGAUCUUGCUGAAAAUGUACUUACUCGUGCAACACAAGUCUUUGUAAAGAGGCAUCCAGAGAUCCAUCUUUUUGCUGCUCGUUUUAAAGAACAGCAUGGUGACAUUUCUGGAGCUCGGGCUGCAUACCAGCAUAUUUACUCUGAAAUUUCACCUGGACUUCUAGAAGCUAUCAUCAAGCAUGCAAACAUGGAACACCGUCUUGGAAAAUUGGAAGAUGCAUGUGCUGUAUAUGAGCAUGCAAUUGCUAUUGAGCAAGGAAAGGAGCAAUCACCAGCUUUGCCGUUGUUGUUUGCCCAGUUCUCACGUUUCAUAUUUUUGGUUUCUGGCGACUUUGAUAAGGCAAGGGAGAUUCUGGUUCAAGGUGUGGAUGGUGCUCAACUGUCAAAACCCCUGUUGGAGGCAGUAAUCCACCUGGAAUCAAUUCAGCCACCUCCCAAACAAAUAGAGUAUUUGGAUUCUUUGGUUGGAAAAUUCGUAGUUCCAAAUCCUGAAAGCACCACUGUUGCAAGUAUUGAUGAAAGAGAGGAGUUAUCAAGCAUAUUCUUGGAGUUCUUGGAUCUCUUUGGCGAAGUGCAGUCUCUAAAGAAGGCUGAUUAUAGGCAUGCGAAACUGUUCUUGCGCAACAAAAGCACUGCAGCGUCAAAGAAGCGGCAUGUAGAGGAUUAUUUAACUUCAGAUAGAUCAAAACUGACAAAAUCAGUCAGCUCAACAACCACUCCUUCAGUCAUGGGUGCAUAUACACAGAAUCAGUGGGCAGCAGGUUAUGGGGUACAACCUCAAGCUUGGCCCCAACCCUCGCAAGCUCAGGCACAGCAAUGGGGCCCCGGCUAUACCCAACAGGCUGCUUAUGGUGCGUAUGGCUAUGGCACAAGUUACACCAACCCGCAAGCUCCCAUACCCGUGCCCCAAAGUGCUGCAUAUGGUGCCUACCCCCCUACAUACCCAUCACAAAUUCCCCAGCACAGGAACAGAUUGGAUUUUGUCAUCAUCUUUUUAUGCAGUAUUUUGGACCCCAUUAGCAAGAUUUCGCACGUGCCUUAUUGAAGAUCGAUUGCUUUGUUUUUCAUCCCUCCCCGAUUCUGCAGGCCUAUUCUCAGCCUGCACCUGCUCCAGCGCCGCCUACAGCUACCACUGCUGCGGCUGCUGCUCCGCCGGCAACAUAUUAUCCCAAUUACUACUGAGGCAGCAAAGGAAAAUCUCGAUCAAUUUUGCUGCAUCUCGGUAAUUUCAUGUUCUUUUAGAUAAUCCAGAGUUUUAGACAUGAUGCAUUCAUCUGUUUCGGCUUUCGGAUAGGUCACUGUGUUGCCAUUGGCCUCUUCUCCAAAGAAUUCGUUGUUUGCAACUGUGAGUUCGUUAUUUUGUGUGCGCUAUUUUUGUUUAUUGUAAUACGGAUGAGAUGUUGUUUUGUAUACUUUUUGACUUGUAAAGAGAAAACAAAACAUCUGAAUACAUUAGGAGGUUUAAAUAA